UUUCGUCACUUCUGGCCAAAAUGGAUGACAGCAUCAUCUUUACAGACGGAUAAUAAUUUUAUGGUCCUACAACUGAUGGAUGCGUAAUUGCAUCCUUUUGAAGAUUAUUCUUAUCGAAUUAGUAUAAAAAACGUAAAAAUCAUGGCAGCGAUUACGGAAACAGUGUAUGGGACGUCCGAGGAAGGGCAUGUAAUGUCUGAAAAGGUUUCCUCAUUAGCCACAAAUAUUUACAAAGAAUUUGAACGAAUGAUCAAGAAAUACGACGAAGAUGUAGUAAAAGAGUUGAUGCCGUUGAUAGUGGCUCUUCUAGAAGGGCUUGAUCAGUCUCUUUCGGACAAGCAAGAGGCUGAUGUUGAGUUAGAACUAUUAAGAGAUGAUAAUGAGCAACUUUUGACACAAUAUGAAAGGGAAAAGCAACUCAGAAAGGGUACAGAACAAAAAUAUUUGGAAAUGGAAGAUGCAGUUGAAGGAGAGAAAAAGUCAAUGCAGGAUAAGCUUGAAAGUUUGGAGUCUGUUGUGAGAAUGUUGGAAUUAAAAGUGAAAAAUUCUGCAGAUCAUGUGUCCAGAAUGGAAGAAAAAGAAGUAGAUUUAAAAAAGGAAUACACAAAACUACAUGAAAGAUAUACAGAGUUAUUCAGAACACAUAUGGACUACAUGGAGAGAACUAAAAUCGUGAUGGGGUCUGACAGAAUGGAAGUCUCAAACAGUCCUCGUUCUAACUUGAGAACUGUAGGUGUGCAGACUCAGAUACUAAGAAAUGACAGUGAGAGGAGUGAUACUGAAGGAGUGGUGUAUCGCCAGACAGAGCCAGUGUUAGGAGGAGGAUUUCAUUUACCAAGCCUUCGCCCGGUCAGUAUAGCUUAUGGUCAGAACAUCAGUGCCCGGUCAGGGAGUACCCCUCCUAGCUUCAGUAGUUUUGAUGACAUGAUGUCCCCCCGCAGUGUGGCAGACUCCAAUGUCAGUCUACAGAGUGAACUGGGAGAACUGGACUCUCCGCAGAGUGCCAAAGGCAAGCAGAAGGAGACCAAAACCUGUGACCAGGGUCAAGUGACCGACAGUAUUAACGUCAGAGAGUUUGCCACAGCAACAAAACCCCAAAAUAAUACUGAAGAAAAUAGCAGCACCGCACAACCAAAAGAUUCUCAGGAAGUGAAAGUAGAAACAGACAAUCAGGGUGAAAGUGAAUCAAAUACUCAAGUAUCUAAUAAUACUGACAAUACUAGUGAACUCGGUCCUAGUGAUGGUAAAGCUAGUCAGAAAUCUCAGUCAGUCCCACAGUCAGUGGACAGAACUGAAGAUAGUACUUUAGAUAAUGAGAGGGUCACUGUUGACCGGUCUGACUCAGAGAACAUGAUAGACAAUCAGAACGUUGUAAGUUCACCAGAGGUCAGUAAGCCCCCUGAGGUCAAGACCUCCACCCCACAAACUGAGGACGGUAGGGGUAGGGAAAGGCAUGAUAGUAGAUUAAGUAUUGAGGAAGAGGAGGCAGAGUUUGAGGAGGAUAAGAUUAUGGAUUUUGGUCGUAGCUUAUACUUUGAAGGUUUGGAUCAUACUUUGGCUAAAAUUGUAGCUACAACACCAGAGCUUCAAGAAAUGGAAGAAUCCAUGUCAAGUGUGAAGUCCAAUAGGUCAAGAGGACCCAAGAGAAAUAACGAGUCAAUAUUUGAUGAACUUCAGUCUCAGGACACAGAUAUCAUUGGGGACGUGGACUUUGGCAUCACAGGACGGGAGGUAAACCCUGGAGAUUACGCCUCAUCAGACUCUGAAAAUGAAGAUGAGAAUGAAAGACGUUCUACUGUGAGCGACAACUUCUUUGGAAUGGGAAAAGAAUUAGAAAACUUAAUUCUGGAAAACACUGAAUUACUGGAGACCAAGAAUGCUUUAAACAUUGUCAAGGAUGAUUUGAUUGCCAAAGUGGACGAACUCUCAGGAGAGGUGGAAAUCCUGAAGGAAGAAAUCAACAACCUACAGGGAGUCAAGACCAAGUUGAACACAAGAAUAAAGGAGUUGGAAGACGAGCUAAAGAAAACAAAGGAGGAACUCGAGAAGAAGAAUACGGCCACCAAAGAAGGAGAAGAAGAGGAUGAUGUGCCUAUGGCCCAGAGAAAGAGGUUUACAAGAGUCGAGAUGGCUCGGGUGCUAAUGGAGAGAAACCAGUACAAGGAGAGACUAAUGGAGCUACAGGAAGCUGUCAGGUGGACCGAAAUGAUCCGUGCCUCACGGGAACAUCCAGAGGCAUCCAACAAUCCUCAAAAACAGAAAAAAGGAUCCAUAUGGAACUUCUUCAGUAACCUGUUCAGCAGCAGUUCUCCUCACAAACCGAGCAAGAAGCCAACCAAUGUUCCAGUGGCCACCAUCAAGUAUAACGCCCCCACCACCCAAGUCCAGCCGGUGGGAGAUCCCAACCGCCGCUCCCGUGAGAUGACUAAGCUUGGGGACAAAGCCAAGGCUUACGAAUUCCUGCAAGAUGAUCUGACCCGAAUCAGUUCAUCAAAUGUUCAAAAAUUACUAGAAGAGUUACAAGACAAGAAAAAAUCUGACAGUUUUGUUCAUAUUGAGGCAACAGAUGGAGGAGCCAGUAAAAUAGAAUCUCUUCUCGAGGACCCUGUAAUUACUGCUCAGCCGAAAAUGUCCGAGAAGGCAAAGAAGGAGCGAGAGAAGGAGAGACAGGAACAGUAUAAGCAAGUCCGCGCUCAUGUCAAGAAAGAUGAUGGUCGCCUACAGGCAUACGGCUGGAGUCUCCCGGCCAAGUUCCAGCCUUCGGUUCGCGAGAGCCCGGCCAAGCGGGAGGUGCCAGUUCCAGUACCUGUCUACUGUCGACCUAUACUGGAGAAAGAGCCAGGCAUGAAGAUCUGGUGUGCUGCGGGUGUAAAUCUGACCGGAGGGAAGACCCGAGAUGGGGGCUCAGUGGUGGGGGCCAGUGUGUUCUACUCCAGUCCCCCCGAGUCAGAGACCGACAGGAAAGAGGUCAAGGACGAGGUCGACCGCCUCAACCAGGAACUCAAGGACCACGAGAAAGGCCUGAAGGAUGCAGAGAAGGAACAGAUGUCUUCCCUGGUGUGGAUUUCUCACAGUUCAGGCUCCCACACCCAAGUGUCUGUCAUUGAUGCCAACAGUCCGGGGGAUAUACUGGAGACCUUCAAGGUUACCUCCUCCCCUAUCCUCUGCAUAGCCAGUGUAGCAGGAGCCUUGGAGUCUGACUAUCCAGUAGAUGAGGAGAUUUUAAAGGCCGAGUCUUUCCCCCAGUACAAGCCCCCUCCCUCCUCCUCCUCCUCCUCCUCCAAUGACAACGCCCAGGCAGACAACAGUGGGAUUGGGGGCAUCACAUUUGUACAGUGUGCCACAGGAAACAACAGCCAGCCCACCUCACCUCAAGUGUCUCCUGUCGGCUCUUACAAGUCUAAGGAAGUCACACCAGAACACAAGAGUAACCUGAAUGCAGUGGCCCGGGCCUUGACUUCUAGUGAGGAGAAAAUUGACACGGAAGUAGAGCACAAGGAUAAGUUUGAUACUGAGAGUAUCAUGUCAGAGCGUAGCUACGAAGUACAUUUUGGUUCGGAUGAUGUUCAGCCCUCAGUGUUCAAAGCCAGAGGUUCACCAGCCAACUCGGGCACGAACACGCCUGUGUCACGGUCCUCCCUGGCCUCACUGGACCGGCACCGACACUCGGAGCUCAUCAGGGACGGACUCAGUCCGAUGUCCGUCGACAGCGACGUCCAGUUUGAGGAGACAGAGAAGAUGACCAGUGUUCUACCCACCAUGUGGAUGGGCACCCAGAGUGGAGGUCUGUAUGUACAUUCCUCAGUGGCACAAUGGAGAAGAUGCCUGUACUCUGUCAAACUUAGAGACUCCAUUCUCAACAUUGUUCAUGUUAAAGGAAGAGUUUUGGUUGCUCUUGCUGAUGGAACAAUAUCCAUAUUCCACAGAGAUACAGAUGGUCAGUGGGACCUGCAGAACUAUCACCUGUUGGAUCUGGGGAAGCCCCACCACUCCAUCCGCUGUAUGACUGUGAUAGCUAACAAACAUGUCUGGUGUGGAUACAGGAACAAAAUCCAUGUUAUUGAGCCAAAGAGCAUGACCAUUGAGAAAACGUUUGAUGCUCAUCCUCGUAAGGAGAGUCAGGUGAGACAGCUGGCGUGGGUGGGAGAUGGAGUGUGGGUGUCUAUCCGUCUAGACAGUACCCUUCGUCUGUACCAUGCCUACACACACCAACAUCUACAGGAUGUGGACAUUGAGCCAUAUGUCAGCAAAAUGCUGGGAACCGGUAAGCUGGGAUUUUCCUUUGUUCGCAUCACUGCCAUGCUGAUUUCCUGUAAUAGACUGUGGAUUGGGACCGGGAAUGGAGUGAUCAUCUCUGUGCCUCUGUCUGAGAGUAACAAGCAGACCGUGUCCAGUGGCCCCAGCGGUGGGCGGCCAGGAGGGAUCGUGAGGGUGUACAGUGACACCCAGACAGACAGCGUUACCCCGGGGACUUUUAUCCCCUAUUGUUCGAUGGCACAGGCCCAGCUAUCAUUCCAUGGCCACAGGGAUGCUGUCAAAUUCUUUGUGUCAGUUCCAGGUUCGCCCAGGAAAGGUCUGAGUGCUGCCACAGAGAGUGCAGAGUCCGGUGACAACAGAUCCAGACACGAGGCCUACCCCGUAGAGGACAGCAAUGCUAAACUGGUCCUCUCUGGAGGGGAGGGAUAUGUGGACUUCAGAAUUGGUGACGGUGAGGACGACAAUCCGGAGGAGGAAGAGAAGAAGCUGUCCCUCAGUAAGGGUGACAAGAGCCACCUGAUCGUGUGGGAGGUGACCCAGACCCAGUAGUCAGGGGGCCAGGGAGACGGACCAGGUGGUCAGCUAUCUGGGGGGUCACUGUGUUGACUCUCGGAACAGAGACCUGCAUCAUUCCUUCACACAGUGUAGAGCAGGUCAAGGGCGUCGUAAACCAGUCAGAUGUCAAUGUAUAACAAAUGCUGUAUGUGUGUGCAUACAUUACGACUUAAUGUAUGUCGCUUCAGGUUAAAUGCUUGACCUAAUUUAAAAAAAGAACUACUAUAUUUGAGCUGAUGCUAUUUGUGUAUGUAUACAUCACUACACGAAUCUUAAUAUUUGAGCCUGCUAUGAAAGGUGAUAUUCUGUUUCAACAGCUUGUAUGAUAAUGUAUCUAAAGCAGUGAUCUCUGUUGUAAAGUCCAUAUUUUUGUUCAAAAUCGUGGCAUUCAAUUUUAAAGAAAAGGAACAAAGAUUUUAUUGUAUAUCCAUCUAAUAAUGAGCUGAGAAAGAGAAUUUUGAGAGAUAUUUUCUGGCAUUUCUAAUACUGUCUUACUCGGUUUAAUCCAUAUAUUCAUGUGCAAUAUAUAUCUUGUUGACAUUUCAGAUUUUAUUUAUAGUCAUUUUUUUAAUGUUACAUGUGUUUAUUUAUUGAUUAAAGAGGAAAUGUAUACAGAAAAGAACAUGGUACAUGUAUAGCAGAGGGCAGUACUAAGUAUGCAUGUACGUGCUCAGAAUUCAUUGUCUAUUAUUUUAUCGGUAGUUUUCUUCCUUGUUUCCAAGAAAACCUUGUUAUUUUAGACUUAGUAUAAAUAGGUACAGUUUUUACCCCUUGACAGCUUAAUUAUCCCCGAGUUGUUCAGUUAAUUUGUGUAACAAAAGAGCCAGGUGUUUUGUUAGUCAUAAUAAUUCAUGGCAAAAAUAAACAAGGUCAGGACAUCUUUCCGGGGGAAGAAAUCAACAGAGCACAUGACGCAUGACAAACUCCAGCAGAUCUGACAUGUUAUUUUCCUUUUUGUUGUUGUUUAAAAGACUUAUUUUGAAUUUAUUUGUUUCAGUGGAUUUUGUUACUGGGUUUGUGUUAUUAGUUUUUAUAAACCUGAAUCUUGUAUUUAAAAGCUUUAAUUAAGAAGAGUGUCAAUAUUUUACUAAAAACGAACAUUGUAUUUAUCCAGUUACCAGUAUAUUUUAGAGUAAGGAAUUUAAAAGUUUUUUAAGUUUCCUAAGAAUUUUAGGAUGCCAGAGUUUUUAAGUACACUGUACUUGACUGUGUAUGUAAUAAUUACAUCUGGUUGAAUUAAGAGUUGGGAAUAAGACAUGUUACUUAUACAUGGAUUUCACAUGUAGGAUUGGAUAUGGAUGAUGUCAUGUAGAAUAAUGUCAAGCAUAAAUUGUAUGCAGUGUGCUACAUGAUCAAAUGUAUAUUUAUGUGUUUCAUGAGGAAUACUAUGUAUGUUGUCAAAGCAUGUUAAAGAUACUGAGCUUAAUUUAUGAUGAUCCUGAAUAAAGCUGCAAUUUCAUCA